AUGAGAAGGGAUCUGUUUCUCAAGAUUGUCAAUGCCCUCGGUGAGUGGUCUCCGUUUCUCAUCUUAAGAUCAGAUGCUGCUAAUCGCCCUGGGCUAUCUCCAAUUCAAAAAUGUACUGCUGCUAUACGGCAACUAGCUAAUGGAAGCCCUGCAGACCAGCUUGAUGAGUACAUUAAAAUUGGUGAAAGUACUGCUGUAGAGUGUUUGAAGUUAUUUGUGAAGGGAGUGAUUGAAGUUUUUGGGACGGAGUAUUUGAGGAGACCGACCAUACAAGAUGUUGAACGUUUAAUGGAGAUAGGUGAGCGUCGUGGGUUUCCAGGCAUGCUAGGGAGCAUUGACUGUAUGCAUUGGCACUGGGGAAAAUGUCCAUAUGCAUGGAAGGGUAUGUAUACUCGCGGUGAUCACGGUGUGCCAACAAUCAUUCUAGAGGCAGUUGCUUCGCACAAUCGUUGGAUAUGGCAUGCUUUCUUUGGUGUUGCCGGAUCGAACAACGAUAUCAACGUGCUGAACCAAUCACAUUUGUUUGUGGAGCAGCUGAGAGAAGAAUCUCCUAAAGUGCAGUACACUAUCAAUGGAAGAGAAUAUGAUACCGGCUAUUACCUAGCUGAUGGUAUAUAUCCAGAGUGGCCUGUUUUUGUGAAGUCUAUACGUAAACCACAAUUAGACAAACAUAAAUUAUUUGCACAACACCAAGAAGGGGCAAGGAAGGAUGUUGAAUGCACCUAUGGUAUUUUGCAGUCUCGCUUUUGUAUUUUGCGCAGACCAGCACGUUUGUUCGAGCAAGGGGAUCUAGAGAAUAUUAUGCUUGCUUGCAUAAUUCUCCACAACAUGAUAAUCGAAGAUGAGAACGAUAUAGACCAAGUUCCAUUUGAUUUGAAUGAGGAAGGCAGCACAUAUAUUGUUCAAGAACCUACAAUCUCUCAUGGACAGAACCCAGAGAUGGAAGACAUGGAACUUAAGCAGAUAUCUUUAUCUUUGGAUUGA